CUUCUUUCUGUCAUCCGUUCUUGGAGAUCGGGUGGCGAUGGCGUGCCUCUGCGGCGGUGCCGCCGCCUGGGCGCUGCCUGGGAUUCGAUGUUCCCUCCCCGUUGACCUCCUCUCCUCUCCGCGAGCCCCAAAAUUUCCCGGACGUUGGCACGCUGUCCCCCUCUCGAGCCGGUUCUUUUCGUUCUCCUCCUACCCUGUCAUUUCGUCGAACGCUUCGUCUGCGCUUUUCUGCGGAGGAGCGCAGGCGGCCCAGGCUCCUCCUUCAGCGGCUCCAACGCUUCGUGAGAUAUGUCGUGGAAAAGUGCCGGAACACAUCCUUCAGAGGGCAGAAGAGAUAGGUUAUGUUCUACCUACUGAUGUUCAACGCCAGUCCUUACCUCUUCUUCUGGCUGGAAGGGAUUGUAUACUCCAUGCUCAGACAGGUUCAGGAAAAACAUUGGCUUAUAUGUUAUCUGUAUUUUCAGCUGUAGAUUUUAGAAGGUCUGCUGUUCAAGCCCUUAUCAUUGUGCCUUCCAGGGAACUUGGUAUUCAAGUUACAAAGGUUGCUAGAAUGCUUGCUGCAAAGCCAACAGGAUUUGAAAAGAUGCAGGCAUGUACUAUCAUGGCUUUGUUGGACGGUGGCAUGCUGAAAAGACAUAAGAGCUGGCUGAAGACUGAACCCCCUGAGAUAGUGGUUGCUACAAUUGGGAGCUUGUGUCAAAUGCUUGAGAAACAUGUUCUUAAACUUGAAGCAAUGCAAAUUUUGGUAAUUGAUGAGGUUGAUUUUAUGUUCCAUUCAUCGAAACAAGUGCACUCUCUUCGAAAGCUCCUGACAUCAUAUUCAACAAUUGAUAAUCGCCAGACUGUGCUUGCCAGUGCAUCUAUUCCUCAACACAACCGUUUCCUGUAUGACUGUAUACAACAAAAAUGGACCAAGAAUGAUGUGGUUCAUAUCCAUGUGAAUCCUGUGGAGCCAAUGCCCUCUCACCUUUGUCACAGAUUUGUGAUUUGUAAGAAGAAAGAAAAACUAUGUACUUUACUGAACCUACUUGAGCAAGAUUCUCCCAGAUCUGGCAUAAUUUUUGUUGGUGAACAGUCUGAGAAGUCUAAAAAGGCUGGACAGCCUCCUUCGACGGCUCUUGUCUUGGAUUUCCUGAAAGCUUCUUAUAGGGGAGGCUUAGAGGUUCUUCUCCUAGAUGAUGACAUGAACUUUAACGCACGAGCAGGUUCAUUCACGGAAGUCAGACAACGAGAUUGUCUUUUGGUGUCGACAGACCUCGCAAGCAGAGGGCUUGACCUGCCACAAACAACUCACAUCUACAACUUCGACCUUCCAAGGACUGCAGUCGACUAUCUCCACCGCGCUGGAAGAACCGGACGCGUGCCCUUCUCCAAUGACCCGUGCAGUGUCACGAGCCUCCUCGCACAGGAGGAGCGAUUCGUGCUACAGAGGUUCGAGAACGAGUUGAUGUUUCAAUGUGAGGAACUGUUCUUACAAUCUAUUAUGACAACUUGAAUCCCUUUCUUGAUCUUGUCUAGCUAUAUUUGUGGUAACAUUUUUGCCGUGUUCCA